GAAGCGUGCUGGAGGCCGGGGGCGUCCCGGAGCGAGGACCGGGCCACUUGGGCCACCCGGGGCGGGGGGUCCCCCCGGGAGCCUCGGCGGCCCGCUGAGAUGGGCUCGGUCUCCUCGGCGCUGGCGCGCUCGCGCAACGCAGUGGUGCAGUCUGGCUCUCCGCCGCCGCCGCCGCCGCCCGCCGCGCCCGCGGCGCCCCGGGACUCGCGCGCAGUCUCCAGGAGCCAGGGGCCCGAGCCGCACUCGAGCCCGGAGCUGUCCGCGGUGCUGAAGCGCGCCCCGACCAUGGACCGGCCCUACAAGCCGCGGAGCCGCAGCGCGGCCGAGAUGAGAACCCGGAGGAUAGCGACCGCUGAGUGGCACAGCCCUGGGGACACGGUGCAGAAAGCCCAAGAUAUAAAAGAGCAAGUUGCGAAUGAAGCUGGGGACAAGACGGCCAGGCCUCUCGCUCGAUUCUCCAGGUCUAAGUCGCAGAACUGUCUGUGGAAUUCCCUCAUUGAUGGACUCACAGGCAAUGUCAAGGAGAAACCACGACCAACAAUUGUCAAUGAUCCUCGUCCACCAGAGGAAAUCCUAGCUGAUGAAUUGCCUCAACUGGAUAGCCCAGAAGCCUUGGUGAAGACAUCAUUCAGGUUGCGGUCUUUGGUCAAACAGUUAGAGAGAGGAGAGGCCUCCAUAGUAGAUCUGAAGAAGAAUUUGGAAUAUGCAGCCACAGUGCUUGAAUCUGUAUACAUUGAUGAAACCAGGCGGCUCUUGGACACAGAGGAUGAGCUCAGUGACAUUCAGUCGGACGCAGUGCCCUCUGAGGUUCGAGACUGGCUGGCCUCCACCUUCACCCGGCAGAUGGGGAUGAUGCUUAGAAGGAGUGAAGAAAAGCCUCGGUUCAAGACCAUUGUCCACGCUGUGCAGGCUGGGAUAUUUGUGGAGAGGAUGUAUAGACGAACAUCAAAUAUGGUUGGACUUAGCUAUCCUCCAGCUGUUAUUGAAGCAUUAAAGGAUGUGGAUAAGUGGUCUUUUGAUGUCUUUUCCCUCAAUGAAGCCAGCGGUGAUCACGCACUGAAAUUCAUUUUCUAUGAGUUGCUUACACGCUACGAUCUAAUCAGCCGUUUCAAGAUCCCAAUUUCCGCUCUUGUCUCAUUUGUGGAGGCCCUGGAAGUGGGGUACAGCAAGCAUAAAAAUCCUUACCACAACUUAAUGCAUGCUGCUGACGUUACACAGACUGUGCAUUAUCUCCUCUAUAAGACAGGAGUGGCCAACUGGCUGACGGAGCUGGAGAUCUUUGCUAUAAUCUUCUCAGCUGCCAUCCAUGACUAUGAGCAUACCGGAACCACCAACAAUUUUCACAUUCAGACUCGAUCUGAUCCAGCUAUUCUGUACAAUGAUAGAUCUGUAUUGGAAAAUCACCACUUAAGUGCAGCUUACCGCCUUCUGCAAGAGGAUGAGGAAAUGAAUAUCUUGAUUAACCUCUCAAAGGAUGACUGGAGGGAGUUUCGGACCUUGGUGAUUGAGAUGGUGAUGGCCACGGAUAUGUCUUGUCAUUUCCAACAAAUCAAAGCAAUGAAGACAGCCCUGCAGCAGCCAGAAGCAAUUGAGAAGCCCAAAGCGCUAUCCCUAAUGUUGCACACAGCAGACAUUAGCCACCCAGCAAAAGCAUGGGAGCUCCAUCAUCGCUGGACAAUGUCACUCCUGGAGGAAUUCUUCAGACAGGGUGACAGAGAAGCAGAACUGGGACUGCCCUUUUCUCCUUUGUGUGAUCGAAAGUCAACUAUGGUUGCUCAAUCUCAAGUAGGUUUCAUUGAUUUCAUCGUGGAACCCACUUUCACUGUGCUCACAGACAUGACUGAAAAGAUCGUGAAUCCAGUAGUUGACGAAAACUCCCAAUCUGGUGGGACUGGACAGAGGCGUUCAAGCUUGAACAACAUCAAUUCUGCAGACACGAAGCGAUCAGGUGUCAAGAGUGCUGGCUCGGAAGGAAGUGCCCCAGUCAACAACUCUGUCCUCCCUGUUGACUAUAAGAGUUUUAAGACCACUUGGACGGAGGUGGUGCAUAUCAAUCGGGAGAGAUGGAGGGCCAAAGUGCCCAAAGAGGAGAAAGCCAAGAAGGAGGCCGAGGAAAAAGCUCGCCUGGCUGCAGAGGAGAAGCAGAAGGAAAUGGAAGCCAAAAGCCAGGCUGAAGAAGGUGCAUCUGGCAAAGCUGAGAAAAAGACUUCUGGAGAAGGGAAGAAUCACGUCAAUGGAACCCGAGCUAACAAGAGUGACAACCCUCGAGCGAAAAAUUCCAAAGCUGAGAAGUCCUCGGGAGAAAAGCAACAGAAUGGUGACUUAAAAGAUGGUAAAAAUAAGACAGACAAGAAGGAUCAAUCCAACGUUGGAAAUGAUUCAAAGAAAACAGAUGAUUCAGAAGAGUAAUAAACACCUCAUAUACAAUAAAAGAGGCUGCCACAAUGUCUUGCAUCAUUUUAGCUGAGCUUCUUCAUUCUUCUCCUUCUUCCACAAAGACCUAUAUCUGAGAAAGGUGUACAACUUUCAAAAAACAAGCCCCCACACUUUGCCUUCUCUCAUGCCAUCCCCUCUUGGGCACUGAGUCCCUGGGUGUUGGUUUGGGGUCUUAGAUAUUGGGGGAUUUUCCCUGAGCAAACAAAACAACUUGAUUUUGGGGGGCACAAACUAAAAUAAAACAUGAAGGUUCUUCCUCAAAAUCCUUUGCUAAUGGCCUGGCUUUCAAGGCAUCUAUCUGGCCUGAUGAGAAUGGACAUCCUGGAUAUGCUGAGAGGCCUGAAAAAGCCACACACACACAGUAACCACCAUGUCAUUACUGUCAAGGUCAUUUCCUUCAAUGUUGUUUCUUUCUGAGCUGACUACUACUGAUGGAUACAGCCAAGCUGGCCUUUAUCACAGCCCAAAUGAUGAUUCCAGUCUCUGGUUGUUCCUUCCCCAAGUCAGGAAUAUUCUUUGUCUCUAAUUUCCCCUCACAUUUAAAAUUUUGUUGUUAUGAUUUUUGUUCCAUUUAUGUAAUAUGAAUUUCUUGGUUUUUUUAAACAGGGAGAUUAUAGGAAUCUUUUCUUGAUGUUAAAAUUAUCUUUUCAUUCAUUAAUAUGAGUUUGAAUGUUUCUCUGUUGACCACAGUAGUCAGAUAGAAAUCCCUGUACUUUGUUGGGUGACAGUCAUGACUUCUACCACUGAUUGAUCCUCUUUGGGCUGUUGUUGGUUUGACUUAACCGUUUUUCCUUCAUUCAGGAAAGUGUUAAUGGGAUUCUUAUCCUGGAGAAAUGUUACAUAACUCUUUUCUGAUGAGCCUUGAGAAAAGUGAAAUAGGAAAUUAGUAGCAAGAAUAAAAAAUAAGAUGAAUAGAUGUAGUGUGGAAAGAGAAUAAAAAAAGAUUGCCCCUGAAAACAAAUGGAGUUUAAAAAAUGGAAAUUGGGGCUGGAGCGACAGCACAGUGUGUAGAGUCUUUGCCUUGCAUGCAGUCAGCCCGGGUUUGAUUCCCAACAUCCCAUAUGGUCCCCUGAGCACUGCCAGGAGUAACAGAGUAACUCCUGAGUGCAGAGCCAGGAGUAACCCCUGUGCAUCGCCCGGUGUGACCUGAAAAGCAAAAAAAAAAAAAAAAAAGAAAAAGAAAGAAAGAAAGAAAGAAAGAAAGAAAGAAAGAAAGAAAGAAAGAAAGAAAGAAAGAAAGAAAGAAAGAAAGAAAGAAAUCAGUGGAAUGUAAGUACAGUGUAAUUUCAUGGAUCUGAAGUGCUAUGAUUUGGAUGCAACCAAUUCUUAAACUGUGCUUGUGAUAUACAGAGAAAUCUUUGAGUACAUCGCAUUAAGAUGCUGUUGGUGAUGGAAGGAGAUUAGUAGUAGGAAGAGAUUAAGUUCAAGGACAGGUAAAGUGUCUGCCUUACUGCAAAUUAAAUUUCUACUGAGCACAAAAGAAAAAGAUGUGUUUAAUCCUCUCAUUAAUAAGAAAAAAUAUUAUAUCUUCAGUCAGAGAAGAGACCAUGUCGAUAGUUUACAAAAACUUUUGUGUCACUAAAGUAUCCCCCAACAGAAUGUUCUGAAGAAAUAAACCUAUCGUACAGAAUACACAGUGGCAUAUUGGUAUUUAAACAGGAUGCUUUGGAGAACUUGAUGUUUUGCUUCUUAAAAACCACUUAUCCUGUUGCCUUCCCCACCCUGCUUUUCUGACCAUAACUGUGGUCAAAUAAAUGAGAAAAUCCAGAAUGAUGGUGGCAAUGGCUUCACAAUGGACUGUGUUGUCAGCGAGUGUGGAGGAGCAGGAGGGAUGGUGAUUAAUGUGUUGACCUAAAAUGGCACUUGGUUGUCAGCUACAGGCUCUGUACUCUAUAGGAGGGGGGUUGUAAAUACCUAAGAGUUUAUAUAAGCCCUUUCCAAAUUUGAAAAUAUUGGUAACUAAUUUAGAAACUUUAAAACACUAUGCUAGUCAUAGAAAAUAUGCCUAUGACCUGCACCCAGUUCAUGGGAUAUGCAAACGAUGUUGUUUGAGAUGAGAUAAAUCUGUUAGGAAUGAAAUCCAGCAAGUGUAUGCCAGUUCUUAAUGUUCGAGCCAGAAUCUUUUACCUCAUUUUUAUUCUGUAUUUUUCUACUUAACUGCUUUGCAGCCAGUCACAAUAGAAAGCCAACUUCCCUUUUGUAUUUUAUCAAACAAGACUAAACAAUGUUUGAAAAGGAAAUAGGAAUAAGCCAUUUUUUCUAGUGUCACUAAAGGCGAACUUGCUUGGCAUUCACUUUAAUUCAUUCAUUAAAUGAAAAAGAGUGGGAAGAGAAUUUAGUUCAUACAGAACUCUGCCAGUAAUUCUCAAUGUGAGAAAACAAAAUCUCUGUGUAAAUCUUUUGGUUUUUAAUUCUCAGAAAGUUUUUAGAGGGCACAUUGAGUAAAAUUUCAAAAUUCUCUCCUUAAAAAAUGUAUGAAUUAAUACGGGAGCUGAUGGAACAUUAGAUUAAUGACUCCCGGUUAGUACUGGAAGAAUAGUAUUUCCAAAGCUCUAGCUCGACAUUUUUGUGGUUUCUUCUUUUGAAGUAGCUUCCUCAAAGGGGAAUAACAUUAUGGCACACAUACUUCCACAUGUUCCACGGUCAAAGAGAAACAAGGGUUAAGCACCAGAGUUAAAGAUUAAUGCUAUAUGGAAAAGCAGUAGGAGCAUUCCCACCACUGAUAAAAUGCAAGUUCCAGUGUCCUUUGAUGGAAACUGACAAGUGGAUUUGGCCCUUGAGUUUGAGUCCCUGUGUCAUCAAACAACACUCACAUACAAGUUUUGUCUGUGGUUUGUUUCAGUGAUAUCAUCACCCACUCUUUGGGAGGUGUGUUUGUCCAUCUUUUAUUCAUCAACCUUUCUUAGUUUGUAAGCCCUGAUAGCCAUGUCAGUGGGCAAGGGAUUCAUUUCUAACCUGCUAAAUUCAAAGGGAUUUUUUUUCACUGUCCAUUUCAUUCUUGGAAUUAAAAAAAAAAACACCUAUUGGUAACAUCUGACAGGAUCCCAUUAAGGACCUGAUCUACUUAAACAAUAAAAUGUUACUAAACAUCUGAGAACCAAAGAAUAAUCUGGUGCACCUGUUCAUUUCAUUUGCAGAAUUUAAGCCAUUUUAUUAUAUUUUCCACCUGGAAACCUGCCUUUUGUAAUUGUGAAAAACUAAAGAGUGAAGUUAUCACAGGAUGUGAGUCAACAAGAAAAUAAAAAGAUGGAGAACAAUUUUGUAAUCUAUGUUUUGGGAGUAAGACUGUGGUCCUUUAAAAUCACUUAUUUUAUAGGUAAUUUUUCCAAAGAUAGAUAGAAUGUGGAACAUAUAUGUUGUUCUAUUCUUAGUCUUUGAGCAGACGCUAACAUAAUAGAAAUAACUUCAUGUCAUGUCCCAUGGAGUUUGGGGGGAAAACAAAAACAAAACCAGAAGCACAAAGUAUUUUUCACAAUGAGAUAGAGAAGAUUCUGAGAUAAGAGCUUAUGUUGCAUUGUAGCGAAAAGCCCAAAUAAAGGGAGUUUGGGGGAUCAAGGAAAGUUUAUUUUUCUGGUUGGACACUUCAAGGGCUCCAAAGUUCCCCUCGAGAGCAGUGGGCUGUGUGUGCCCCGCACAGAGACUGACACUCAGACCACAUUCAGGAAACACGAAAAAAUGUGCAGCUGGGUUUCACUCCCCAUGCAAGUGCAAACAAAGUUCCAAUUUACCUGUUAACUUACUCAACACCUGCUAUACAGGUGAAGCAGAUCCCCAAUGACAACUAAGUAUGUGUGGAUAUAACCUAUAAGUUUAUGAUAAGCAAUGGGGAAUUGUCAGUAGUUUAGGAGGAACUGUUAGAGCUCCAUUGAUGAAAAAACAAAACACUCAAACUUGCCACCAGCUCUAGAUUUUAGAAAAAUAAAGCAGGAUUUUUCUGUGAGCAGUUUUUCAAAAGGGAAAAAUAACAAAAAUUUUUAUGAAAUACCAGUGGACUUACUUAUAAUCCAAGUUGAAACUUUUAAAAUACAAAUGCGCUCUUAGGGAGAAAAUAGGAGGUCCUAUUUGGGAAAUAUAGAAAAAUCAUUGUCUUGUUUUUCUCUGUGACUAUUGUUAUAUAACACUGAACUAUAGCAAAAUUAUAUAUUAAAGAACAUAAUAUUUCAAUAGCAAUGUUCUAUUUGAUCACAUGUGUGAAUAAAUGGAGAGCAAUCAUUGUAAAUCAUCAGUAGCAAUCCUUGACUAUUAGCUCCAUUGUCUCUUAGAAAAUGAACCUGAUACAAAAAUUAGAACAAGCCACAGAAUUUAUGUGAAAAUAUCAUUCUGAGAAUCAAGGGACCCAUUACUUACCAGAACUAGGUUUCAGCUUUUGAGGUUUCCUUUUACCAAAGAUUCUCAUGGGCGAAGAGGCAACAUAUGAAUUACAAUGGUAGCAGCCCCAUCUAGGACUUUUGACAGAGUACUUUUGAUGUGGAUUUCAGUCCAGGGAGGCGAAAAAUAUGGGAAGUAGGCCCUUGAUGAUGUCAGUGGCCUCUGGAUGGUCUUAGUGGACAUUUGUAAAGACUAAACUCUACCCUAGGGUAGUCUGUAAUGAGCUAAAAUUGUUUCAAUGAAGGGAGGUGUUGCUUUCAUGCCCAGACAAGAGUGAGGUACAAUGGGAGAACAGGCUUGCAGGAGUUAUGAAAGCCUGUUUCAGCAUUAAUUCCUGAUCUGCAAAUAAUCCCCUUACCUCAGCCAUUUUUCUGGUGUUUCUCAAAAGCAACUGGAUUAGUUAUUUGAGAUUCACAUUUAUUGUAGCUUUAUCCCCAAGAAGAAGUGAAUUGACACCAUUGGUGGCUGCCUUUAGUAAAUAAACUUGGACCCAGCCAUAAAUAACUGUCUGCUGGAGAGACAGCAGGGGGCGCUGAGUGGGUCUUCUCAGCUCUCUCGGGUUGUCCUUAGUCAGCAUCCCUUCGGGAGGUAAAUACCGGUAAAUACCCUUCAACAGGGUAAAUACUGGGGGUAGCUCCAGGACCUCUGUACCCUUGUAUCUCCAUGGGAGGUGACUUCCAAACUCAUGAUGCAUUACUUGGUAAGAUCAUGGUUCAGGAUAACUCACUUAAAAUCUAUUACCCAAAAAAUAAAUUUAAAAAAUUUUAAAAAUUAUAUAUAGUGUAACUUUUGCCUUUUUUGGGGGAAAAAUAAAGCCUUUUAGAACUGUAACUGUCAAAUAGUCUUGAAAUUGAUUGCCAAGAGAGAGACACAUAGUUGUAUAUUUGCCUCUCUGUCAUACCUGUCAUACAAAGAAUAGGGAUUUGGGUAACAGUGUCCUUGUCGUUGAGUGCAUACAUAUGUGAUGUGACAGAAACAGUCACGUGCCAAUAUACAUACAUUUAUAGUGAAAAUCUACAACCAUGGGUAUUCUUCAGCAACUGAUUCUAGAACUAGAUCUGUAAAGUACACAUUUUCCUUUCUGUCUUGCUUUAAUAUUUUUAUACAAUUUUAUAUGCUGUAAAAUUUUUAAAAAUAUUUCUAUUUUUAUUUGUAGGACUCGGUUCAGUUUUUAUCAGCUCUGGUACCCACUGUACAGCCAGAUUCACCCCCCCACCCCACUUUACCUAAUUUAAACACACUCUCCUUUUCAUGCUCUUCCGUCGACCUUAUUUUUCUGCCCUUUGCAAAUUCUUUAUUUUGCUUCUGCCUCAGAAAGUCAUUUUGCUCAGAGCAUCUUUAUAGCACAUGAGAACACAGAGUAAUGGAAAUGGAAUAAAACCAGAGUGUCUCGUUCUGAUAUAUCUAAAUGAGGAUAUAUCAGGGCCAAGAGUAUAUGGGGGAGGAGGAAAUAUUUAGAGAAAAUGAAGCAGGAAAAACGAGACCCUCGAGGGAGACCAACUCCCCAAAGUAAGGGGAGCCCCUUUGGAGCUAACACAAAGCUCUUAUUAUUUUCUCUACAGAUACCAGAGAGAUAUUUUGCUGUUACAGGAGUUUGUUCCUUAGAAUGCUAUUCAUCACCAUUGGUCUAUAGACUUUCCAAAUAAGGGCACUUGCCAUAAGAUGAGUGGAUAUAUCAGCUCAUCUCUUCAGCCUGAGGUUGUGCUGCCCUUCAGCUGCAUUUGUAGGAUGUAUCUGAAAUAAUAUUGAAAAUGUUUUCAAAAAACAUUUCAAAAAAAAGGAAGAAAAAGAACCAAAUUCUUAAAUCUCAAUCCAAACCAUGCCAAAUGAAUAACUUUUUGGAGGAACAAGGACAGGAUUUCUGGGUGUGUUCUGAGAAUGCUCUCCUAAAAGGAAGUUGAUGAAACAAACUUGGUGCAGUUUUACUGAAAUGAUUGAAUGUACUUCUGUGAUUAAAAACUGUUUCUAGCAGGAAAAAAAAUGUGAGUUCCGUUUUGCAUUUGUUUAUUACAGAGCUAAGAAAUGGCCGUCUGUUUUAAAGAAGAUUGUUUGGUUUCCUAUGAUGUGGGUUUCUCUAAACAGACUAUUGAGGUACCAUAGCAUCACAUUCUCCAAAUACAAAAAUAAAUCAUAAGGAUUCAUGUAAACAGAAUAUGCUAACCUACUCUCAAUAAAUCCAAGAUGUGUCUAUUGUAAGCCUUUAUUGCACAGAUGAUACAGACAGUUCCUCAAUGCAUAAUUUCUCCCCAGCAUUUACUAAUGAAUAAGUACUUGUAUGUUCGUCUAAUUACCAAAUAAAAAUACUGAGUUGACCUCACUGA